UUGGAGCCAGGUAAAUAGGUGUUCCUUGGGAACAGCCCUUGGGAACUAUUUGGUGGGAAGAUACCAAAGGGAUUUUACAUGCCAGAGCUACAGAUGGUGUCUCUCCUGCUAGGGGUGUGUGGAGGCCAGUAUGAAGCUGAAAAAGCAGGUGACAGUGUGUGGGGCUGCUAUCUUCUGCGUGGCAGUCUUUUCGCUGUACCUCAUGCUGGACAGAGUACAGCAUGAUCCCACCCGACACCAGAAUGGUGGAAACUUCCCACGGAGCCAAAUUUCUGUGCUGCAGAAUCGCAUUGAGCAGCUGGAGCAGCUGUUGGAGGAGAACCAUGAAAUUAUCAGCCACAUCAAGGACUCUGUGCUGGAGCUGACAGCCAAUGCAGAAGGCCCACCUGCUCUGCUGCCCUACCACACAGCCAAUGGAUCCUGGGUGGUGCCCCCGGAGCCCCGGCCCAGCUUCUUCUCCAUCUCCCCCCAGGAUUGCCAGUUUGCUUUGGAGGACCGGGGCCAGAAGCCAGAGCUACAGAUGCUAACUGUGUCAGAAGAGUUGCCAUUUGACAAUGUGGAGGGCGGCGUUUGGAGGCAAGGCUUUGACAUCUCCUACAGCCCACAUGACUGGGAUACUGAAGACCUGCAGGUGUUUGUGGUGCCCCACUCACACAAUGACCCAGGCUGGAUCAAGACCUUUGACAAGUACUACACAGAGCAGACCCAACACAUCCUCAACAGCAUGGUAUCCAAGCUACAGGAGGACUCCCGGCGGCGCUUCCUCUGGGCAGAAGUCUCCUUCUUUGCCAAGUGGUGGGACAACAUCAAUGCCCAAAAGAGAGCAGCAGUCCGAAGGCUGGUGGGAAAUGGGCAGCUAGAGAUUGCAACAGGAGGCUGGGUGAUGCCAGAUGAGGCCAACUCCCACUACUUUGCAUUGAUUGACCAGCUCAUUGAGGGACACCAGUGGCUGGAGAGAAACCUUGGUGCAACCCCACGCUCUGGCUGGGCAGUGGACCCAUUUGGACACAGCUCCACCAUGCCUUACCUGCUGCGCCGUGCCAACCUGACCAGCAUGUUGAUCCAGAGGGUACAUUAUGCCAUUAAGAAGCACUUUGCUGCCACCCACAGCUUGGAGUUCAUGUGGAGACAGACUUGGGACUCGGAUUCCAGCACAGACAUCUUUUGCCACAUGAUGCCCUUCUACAGCUAUGAUGUCCCUCAUACCUGUGGCCCAGAUCCCAAGAUCUGCUGCCAGUUUGAUUUCAAACGCCUGCCCGGUGGACGCAUCAACUGCCCUUGGAAAGUGCCACCCCGGGCCAUCACAGAGGCCAAUGUGGCAGAAAGGGCAGCCCUGCUCCUAGACCAGUACAGGAAGAAGUCUCGGCUCUUCCGAAGCAAUGUCCUCUUGGUGCCACUGGGCGAUGACUUCCGAUAUGACAAGCCCCAGGAAUGGGAUGCCCAGUUUUUCAACUACCAGCGGCUCUUUGACUUCCUCAACAGCAAGCCUGAACUCCACGUGCAGGCCCAGUUUGGCACCCUCUCUGACUAUUUUGACGCUCUAUACAAGAGGACAGGCGUGGAACCAGGGGCCCGGCCCCCAGGGUUUCCUGUGCUAAGCGGGGAUUUCUUCUCCUACGCGGACCGUGAGGACCAUUACUGGACAGGCUAUUAUACUUCCAGACCUUUCUACAAGAGUCUGGACCGAGUCCUAGAAGCCCACCUUCGGGGGGCAGAGAUUCUGUACAGCCUGGCUGUGGCCCACGCCCGCCGCUCUGGACUAGCCAGCCGGUACCCACUGUCUGACUUCACCCUCCUGACGGAAGCUCGGCGCACACUGGGGCUCUUUCAGCACCAUGAUGCCAUCACUGGAACUGCCAAGGAGGCAGUGGUGGUGGACUAUGGUGUCAGGCUCCUGCGCUCCCUCAUUGGCCUGAAGCAGGUUAUCAUCAAUGCAGCUCAUUAUCUGGUGCUAGGGGACAAGGAUACCUACCACUUUGACCCUGAGGCACCCUUCCUCCAAAUGGAUGACACCCGCUUAAAUCAUGAUGCCCUGCCAGAGCGUACAGUGAUCCAGCUGGAUUCCUCACCCAGGUUUGUGGUGCUGUUCAACCCACUGGAACAGGAGCGGCUCAGUGUGGUGUCCCUGUUGGUCAACUCACCCCGUGUGCGUGUUCUUUCAGAGGAGGGUCAGCCCCUGGCUGUGCAGAUCAGUGCACACUGGAGAUCUACCACAGACAUGGUCCCCGAUGUCUACCAGGUAUCUGUGCCCAUCCGUCUGCCAGCCCUGGGCCUGGGUGUGCUGCAGCUACAGCUGGGCCUGGAUGGGCACCGCACACUGCCCUCCUCUGUGCGAGUCUACUUGCAUGGCCGGCAGCUCUCUGUGAGCAGGCAUGAUGCAUUUCCUCUCCAUGUCAUUGACUCAGGAUCCAGUGACUUUGCCCUCAGCAACCGCUACAUGCAGGUCUGGUUCUCAGGCCUUACUGGGCUCCCAAAGAGCAUACGAAGGGUGGAUGAGGAGCAGGACCAGCAGAUGAACAUGGAAUUCCUCAUCUAUGGCACUCGUACAUCCAAGGACAAGAGUGGAGCCUACCUCUUCCUGCCUGACGGCGAGGCCAAGCCCUAUUCCCCCAAGGACCCCCCUGUGCUGCGUGUCACCGAAGGCCCUUUCUACUCAGAGGUGGUUGCCUACUAUGAGCAUGUUCACCAGGUGGUCCGGCUUUAUAACCUGCCUGGGGUAGAGGGGCUGUCUCUGGAUGUGUCAUCCGUGGUGGACAUCCGGGACUAUGUCAACAAGGAGCUGGCCCUGCGCAUCCACACAGACAUUGACAGCCAGGGAACCUUCUUCACAGACCUCAAUGGCUUUCAGGUGCAGCCCCGGAGGUAUCUAAAGAAGCUGCCCCUGCAGGCUAACUUCUACCCCAUGCCAGUUAUGGCCUACAUCCAGGAUGCACAGAAGCGCCUCACACUACACACUGCUCAGGCCUUGGGCGUCUCCAGCCUCAGGGAUGGCCAGCUGGAGGUGAUCUUAGACCGUCGGCUAAUGCAGGAUGACAACCGGGGACUAGGUCAAGGGCUCAAGGACAACAAGAGAACCUGCAACCGUUUCCGCCUCCUGUUAGAACGUCGAACCGUGGGCAGUGAGCCAGGCUAUUUCUCCAAACUGGCAGCCAUGUUUAGGGACUUGAUCUUUCACAGCAGCAGGAGCAGUGACCAAGAGGUCCAAGAAGGCCGCUCUACCAGCUACCCAUCCCUCCUCAGCCACCUGACCUCCAUGUACCUGAAUACCCCUGUGCUUGCCCUGCCCGUAGCCAAGAGGCAGCUCCCAGGCUCCAGUCUGCACUCAUUUCAUCCUCUGGCUUCCGCACUGCCCUGUGACUUCCACUUGCUCAACCUACGUACGCUUCCAGGCGAGGAAGAUAACUUGCCCUCAGCAGACACUGCAUUUAUCUUACACCGCAAGGGUUUUGACUGCAGCCUUGAGGCCAAGAACUUGGGCUUCAACUGUACCACAAGCCAGGGCAAGGUAGCCCUAGGUAGCCUUUUCCAUGGCCUGGAUGUGGGAUUCCUACAGCCAACCUCCUUGACACUAUUGUACCCUCUAGCCUCACCCUCCAACAGCACUGACAUCUAUCUGGAACCCAUGGAGAUCGCCACCUUUCGCCUCCGCUUGGGUUAAGGCUUCUUGUGGCCUGAAGAAAAAGCUCAUCCACAAAGACUGCCUCUUAACACUGAGAAUGGGUUGGACAAGCCACACUGGGUAUCCCAUCCAAUCUGCCUCUAAAACCUGACAGACUGGGCUCUCCCCUCAUCUUGUUUAUUGUUGCUUCUGUAUUUAGGGCAAUGCCCAGUGGUGGGCAGGUAGGGCAGAUGCUGGUGAGAUGAGGGAGAGGAAGCCAUUGAUCGGGGUUGAUGGUACCAGACUCUGCUCUGGGUUGAGUGGCCACAUGCUUGGGCACAAGCUCAAGUACCCAUCCUUUUCCCAAAGUGGGAUGUGGGAGGAGUGGGGACAGACAGGAGGUCAGGGAAGCUAAGUGGGUAAGGCCCAGUGUCGGGUGACUACAGAUGAGAGCUUACUCUAGGGGAAUCCUGUGGUGAAGAAGAGACCAUGUAUCCUGGUAUAAGGAGCAGGAUCAGUGGGAAGAGAAGGAUGGGGACCCACAGUUAGUGGUGGGGUGGAGGAGUAGAAGGAAUCGCAGUUUCUCCUAAGGGCCUGAAGGCUUUUCUGCUUUCUGUGAUGGCUCUACCCUAAAUGCCACUGGGCCUGCACAUCCUGGUGGGGGCUGCAGGAUGGCAGGAAGGACUCACUAGAGACUUAUGGCCAGAGGGCAUAGAACAUUUCAGAUACCAAAACCCCCAUCUCAAAUUGGG